AUGCAUCUUGCCUAUUGCUCGUGCUUUCUGCUGCCUCUCGUCGGCGCGCAGAACCUAACCGAGCCGGGCCCACGCGUCGGUGGUCAACCGACAGCUGAGGGUCGGCUGGCCAUCACGGCGAGCUCCGAGGAAUCGAACACCGUGGUCGGCGAGCACCUGUUCACCAUCGGCCUCUACUCUGAUUCGACCGUCAAGGUGGACAAGAUCGUCGUCGAAUCCUCGGAUUUGGAAGCCUUCAACUUGUCCGUCGUCAGCCUCGCGGGAUGCAACCAAACCCGCACGGCGUCGACGCAGAUCUCGUGCGACCUCGACGGCCUGCCGGCAGGCAAGACUCGCACGAGGAGCACCGUCGUUGUCAGGGAAAAGGAACGUCCGAACGGUGACCUCUGCCUCAUUCCCAUCAACGCAACCUCGUACAUCAGGGACGCCGGCACGAAGCAGCUCCAAAGGUGGCGACGUGUGAGAACCGUGCUGAACUGGUGCGAGCUGACGUACGAGCAAGCGGAUGCCUACAGCAGAUUCACCCGGCCCUCCGCUCUGGUCGUCGCCGCUCUCCCCUCCGCCGAGGACGAGCAGAGGCGUCUCAAGCAACGGUCCAAGUGGGCCGACUUCACGCCCACCGGGCUCUACCUCAAUCCGCGAAGACGUCUCAACGUCACCUUGUCCGGCUUCAAGGGGGUCGGUGAGCGCCCGAUGCUGGUCGUCGGAACACCGCUCUUGAUCAACCCGCGCAUCAAGAAGUUUGUCAUGCGGAGUAAUCUGAAGCAGUACGAGCUGGAGGAAGGGGACAACAUUGUCUCCAACGACCACGGUGGAAUCAUUUACUUUCGGCACACCUAUCGUGCCGGAACCGAACCCCCGGCCCCCGUCACCGUUCGCGUGAACAACGAUGCCGCUCAGCCAUUCCCGCUCUUCCGAGAGGGCAUCACGACCAACGAAGAAUGGAUCGACAUGCUGCGGUCGACGACCGUUCCCUUCGCCGAGUACUACGGCGAACGAGUCAUCAUCACCGGGCUGGCCGACGCGACCCUCGACGCCGCGCUCGGCGGCGGCGACCAGCAGGAACUUCUCGCCAUGUACAAGAACAUCAUCGCAGCCCAGGACGCCAUCAGCGGUCUCAACGCUACCGCCAAGCACCCGGCCGACCGACCCAGCCCCUUGCGUCCCAUGGUCGUGCACGGGAUGCACUCCGGCGUCUUGGCAGCCUCGACGAACUAUUGCAUCAUAGUGGGACGAGGAGCCGUCGGCGACAUUUGGGUCCUACCAGAGCUGGCCGCCUCGUGGAAGAUAUGGCAUGAGCUGGGCCACCAGCGCCAGCAUGUCACCACCUGGAGCUGGCAGGCCAUGACCGAGGUGACCACCAACAUCUACGCGCUGGCGGCCGGUCGAGAGUGUCGCCGCAUCCGACGUCCGAAGGGCGAUUACGAGCACGGCACCGUCAACGAAUGGAUCAAGGCCCGGGCCUAUCUCGCCCUGGGAGGGAAAAAGAACUUUGACACGGCCGACGUCUUCACCAAGCUCAUCAUGUUUGAGCAGCUCCGCGUCGUCUUUGGCCACGAAUUUUACCCCGAGCUGCACAGGCGCUCCCGCGCAGCCGAGGCCGUGGCCACCGAUGCCGACAGGAAGCAUUUCUUCAUGACGCAAGCGUCGGAUAUUGCAAAGGAGAACCUCGUCGACUACUUUGUCAAGUGGGGUCUCAGGCCGGAGGAGCGCACCAAGGUUGUCAUGGGCCAGCAUGCGAAACCGAAAGUCGACUAUACGAAUCGGGCCGUCUACGUCGAUGAAAAGUAG